AUCAACCCCAUUUUAAUGCUGUAUAUCAGACAGACAGCACUUUGAAUGGUAUUAAUACGCCACAAUUGAUUUACAAAAUUGUCUGCUAAACUGUGUUGAGACAGCAUCUCUACCAACAUAGGGAUAUCAUUACAAUAAUAAUACUCCGUACGGAGCACAUGGAAAUACAACCCACUCGUGUGGCAAAUAUAUUGCGGAAAUCGCUGACAUUGAUUUACGCGGCAAAACAUGAUGAGAUCAUCACAGUCUGUCCACCCUGAAGCCAGCCAGUUUGUAUGCAGCUUAACUGGAACCACACUCCAUUGUGAGAAUCCACAUACAAAUGGCCAAUUGACAAUUGCUGUCGAUGACAUACUUUGCGCCUUACCUGAUUCGUCAGAGGACGGACUUGGAUAUAGGGUAUUGUUCCUUCAGAGGCCGCUUGAAGAGACACAAUCGAAUAGUCAAAGAGAAUGCACACACCUAGAAUGCAUCCAUACUUCUUUCCUGCCAUCCACAAUAUUAUCCCAGUACCUUUGUGUUGAGAUACCUAGCUAUCUCACAGCCUCUUUUCGAGCCCAGGGGGCGAAAAUUCAUGUUAUCCUGUCAUUCGGCUCAGGAACAGGAAGUGCAAAGGGCAUUUUUGAUAAUGCAGUGCAGCCUUUUCUAUCAUUCCUGGGAUUGGCUGAUUAUGAAGUUCAUGAAACAAGCUCUAGCCAGACGAUCACUGAGCUGACCCGAUCAAAAUUCCUUAAGCUUUCUCAAAUUGGGAUUCCCCAAACCAUCAUACUGGUCUCAGGGGAUGGAGGUUUGGCCGAUGUGAUUGAUGUAUUCUACAGAAAUAAAGAUUUGGAAACGAAACAGUUUACACCACCAAAUAUCGCUAUUAUGCCGAGUGGAACAGGAAAUGCCAUGGCGAACUCCAUUGGUCUCCUAGACCGCCCGAUUUCAGCUCUAAUGACUCUGUUGCGAGGGCGACCGGUGCCUAUCCCCGUUUUUUGUGCCAGUUUCUCCCCAGAGUCGCAGUAUAUUGUUGAAGAGGGUCACAGCCGGAUCCCUCCGAAUGUCGGAUGCUCAGCCAAGAACCAGCCACCCAGGAUAUAUGGUGCCAUUGUUGCUAGCUGGGGCAUGCACGCUGCGCUGGUAGCAGAUAGCGACACGGCGGAGUAUCGCAAGUUUGGGGCCGAUAGGUUCAAAAUGGCUGCAAAAGAGCUCCUCUAUCCUUCCAGCGGUACCGAGACUCAUAAAUAUAAUGGCGUGGUUACUUUCACUAUGAUCGAUCGCAAGACCGGGAAGAGGUGCACAGAGGUAAUAAAGCAAAACCAGCACAUGUAUGUGUUGGCUACUUUAGUUUCGCAUCUCGAAAAAGACUUCCGGAUUUCCCCAGAUUCAAAGCCCCUUGACGGUCGAAUGAGAGUUAUCCGCUUUGGCCCACUGCCACCAGAUCAAGCCAUGCAUCUGAUGGCCUUGGCGUACCAAAGUGGGAAACAUGUGCAUGAGCAAGCUGUGACCUACGUGGAAGUCGAACAUGUAAGAAUUGAAUUCCAGGAGGAGGACGAAAGAUGGAGACGCGUAUGUGUUGAUGGAAAGAUUAUUGCUGUGCAGCAAGGGGGAUGGAUGGAAGUGUGCAAAGAAACAAAGCAUUUGCUGAACCUAAUCACUUGUACACCUUGACAUGAGGUUAUGAAGUUCCCUUGGUCAUGGCUUUGGUCGGAAUAGAUGGAAUCGAUAUGUUUACAUUUCCUGCGUGUUCUGGGACGAUUACCUAGGAUUACUUAGGCAGUAGAUAGAUGCUAGGUACCUAGGUAGAAGGUACAGAGUAAUAGAUGAAUGUUAGUGCAUUGGCACAGGAGAUUGAUAUAU